UUCGCACUUCGCUCCACUCGUUUGUCGACUCUGGCUGAGAUACUAUGAUCCUCGCUGUGCGGCCCAUUACCGUCCUUCCACGAUUUACUGCGUUGCCGCAUCUAUCGGGACGGCGUGCGCUCAGCUCCGCUUAUGCCCCCUUCCCCGACAAGCUCGCAUUCGCGUUUGACAUCGAUGGUGUUCUCAAGCAGGGCAAGUUUAUUCUGCCCCAGGCGAAGCGUGUCAUGAAGCUGCUCACUGGGGAGGACGGGCAGCUACCUCGACCGGUCCCAUUUCUUCUUAUGACGAAUGGAGGCGGUGUGGUAGACGCCGAACGAGUCAAGCUGCUGUCACGAGAGCUCGGUGUCGAGCUCGGCGAGAACCAGCUCGUGCAAAGCCAUACGCCCCUGAAGCCCGCCAUGGCCGAGUACGCGGACAAGGUGGUUCUCUGCAUUGGUGGACCGAAGGACGCAGCGCGCAAGGUGGGCGAGUCGUAUGGGUUGAAGAAGGCUGUACUGCCACACGACAUCUUGCAUUGGAAUCGUUCCAUUUGGGACAGGUACAAGUUCGGCCCGGCCGACGAGGAGCUAGUGCGGCACGACAUCGACUUCACUACCACGGCCGUUAGCGCGAUCUUCGUUGUUCACGACUCCUAUGACUGGGGCCGCGAUAUGACCAUCAUCAACGAACUGAUGCAGUCAGAAGGCGGGCUGCUCGGCACGAUGCGGAAGGACCGGCAUGUGCAGAAGCCUGGCGGAGAGGUCCCUCUCUUCUUCUCCAACCCCGACCUGGAGUGGAAAUCUGACUAUCCCGUGGUGCGGCUAGGUAUGGGUGCCUUUUCCCUCUCCUGCAGCGCCGUGUACAAGGCUGCGACCGGACUCGACCUGCCGUUCACGCAGAUCGGCAAGCCGCACCGCUUGACCUAUGAGUUCGCCGACACCAUGCUGCGGCGGCGCGUCAAAGAGCUUCGUGGGGUAGACCAGGAGCUGAAUGUGUACAUGAUCGGAGACAAUCCACUUUCUGAUAUCUGGGGCGCCAACAACUUUGGAUGGGACUCGAUCCUCCUCCGCACGGGCGUGUACCAAGGCGGCGAGCCGAGCCACAUUCCCUCGGCCAUCUGCGAUGACGUCGAGCUCGCGGUGGACUGGGCUUUCAAGAACGAGCGCGUGCGGACGGCCAAAGAGGCUUAGAGGGCAGUAGUGUGCUAGAUUUAGAGUGUCUAGCACGAUCCGCACAACAUAGAUGCAUACAGACGCUGGAACGCUAGAG